GCUGGUGCUUUAUGGAUGCCUGGGUUUCGAUGGUAUGAUAUGGUGCAGCGAAUUAUACCAAAAUGACGGUGCUUCUAACAAUGUUCAUCUGAUGUUGGAUUGCAGAUGGAAUUAUUGAUUAAUGGUCUUUGGCUGUAAUGGUUGAUUUACUAUUCACUCGUUCUUCAUCUGUGAUACGACUGGUUAAAGUGUGAAAAUGCCAUCUUUAUAUCGUCUCCCUCUUCUCAUCGUCUGCCUCAUCACCUUCUUGGGAAGCAGUUUCGCCCAGAGUGAAGGUGAUUUGCGGCUGUCUGACGGCACGACCUACUAUGGACGUCUAGAGAUUUACUACAACUCCACUUGGAGCACGAUAUCUAACAAAACUGUGGGAGACAGUGUUCCCCGAGUGGCAUGUCGUGAGUUGGGUUUACCCUUCACUGAGGCUGAGUUUGUACGUGAUAAAAGCAUGAUCUUCACACCGGCUGACUCGGAGUAUGUUCUAGUGACAAGGAUCUCCUGUUACGGGGACGAGGUCCGACUUACUGAAUGCUAUCAGUUCGAUUGGAUACUCGUGCAGUUUUACACGCAUAAAGAAGACCUUGCCAUCGUUUGCAAAGGAGAGAUUAUCCCGACGGGUGAGCUCAGGUUAGACGGUGGUUCAGACCGACUUAGAGGGCGCCUUGAAAUUUACUCUGGGACUUCUCGUGGUUGGUCUCCAUUCUGUAGCAUAGGAUUCGGUGUGAACGAAUCGGCCGUAGCUUGUCGUCAACUCGGCCUCAAUACAUCCCAACCAUACGUCUAUGGCUAUGACUAUUUCGGCUCAGCGCCGGAUUACCUCAGUGGACAACAUUACACUGCCAAUUGUGCUGGUGACGAGGAUCGUAUUGACGGCUGUGAUAACCUCUAUCUCUCACAUCUAAGCAAUGAUCCAGAUGAAAGACAAUGUAGAAUUGAUGAUGUGCUUAGCAUCUGCUGCUCCAUACAACCAGAAACCUGUGAUCAGCCCGCAUCACCAGUGAGCAAUGCUGACGUUGCAGGCGGUCUUAUAGCAGUUAUACUCGUCGUGAUAGCAAUAUGCGCUGGUUGUUACAUCUCAUGCAGGGGAAUGUGUAAGAAGAGACCCAAACCUCCACAGCAAUACACAGCAGUAUCACAGGGUACUAAGGGUGCAGAUCAAAACCAGUUUCCGAUGACAUCGUCUGGAGAUUCUAAAUUACCCGUCUACGUUCAUGGCCAUGCGACUGCCGAGACACCUGCUUCGUUCAGUUGUAACCCAUCUGGCGUACCUCCACCUGCACCUGCUGGUAGUGCCCCAUACCAAACACAACCCUAUCCAUAUCCAACUGGACAGGUUUCUCCACCAACAGGUGCUUAUCCUGCACCUUCUCAACCAGGUUACAAUCCCACCGCUGCCACCAAUCAAUAUCCCCCGCAACCAGCUAAACCUUAUCCUCCACAAAUAUCAUCCAUGUCACCACCUUAUGGCGCUCCUUACCAGCAUCCAACUGGUGCCUCAGCUGUAUAGAAUGCUUACAACCUGACAAUGGGUCAUUGGGUCAAGUUCCAUCGGAGAGUAUCCACCAAGCUAAAGGGGGAUACAAUUUAAGAAUCAAGUAACCACUAAUGCUAGAUGAACUUAUUAUGAGCACUUACUAUCACUGAUGAUUACAUACAGUCACCAAGGGCAUCUCAGAGCUGGACAUGCUAAAAUGUGUUCAUUUUUAAAAAAAUUGGCACUUUUAAUUCCCAUCGGCGAUCAUGUCAUUUUGUUAGGAUACAUUGAUUAGGAUCUAUUAGACUUCCUCCCUUUCACAAGUGAGUAUAUGCACGCAGAGGCGGCGCUCCUGAAGGGGGGGGGGGGUGGUAGAGUGCCCAACCCCACUUUUCAAGUACCCCAAAAGUGCCCCUAUUUACAUAGGAAAGCACCCCUUCACCUCUGGUAAUUGCCCUAUUCAAAUCUAAGAGGUUCCCCUUUUGCUUUGUAAAAAGUGCCCCUUCC